UGCAAUUCCACACCGGUGCUUCACGUACCGGCGCACCGUGAUAAACAUUUCAGUAGUGAAACGGGUCCCACAGAAAGUGCAUAUUUGGCAGCUCGACUUGUGCGCAACUUAAACGCAAUGAAAUUCAGAAACUUUGCAAUCGGAUUGCUCGUGACGACGCUCUGCCAUGUGCUCAACAGCGCAGAAAGCGCAAAUAUACUCAGUUUAGUCGAGGUUAUAGCGCCGGAUCAACAAAUUUGGCACGAUGCGAUUAUCAGGGGUCUAAUUAAACGCGGCCAUAAAGUGACGCUAGUCAGCGGCAGUACAUUGCACUCGAAAUCGCCACAGUUCACACAAAUUCAUUUGGAGCAGGUGAAGGGAGUAUUGGACGCCAUCAAUAAUAACGCGCCCAGUCGCUUGGCGAAUGCGUGGCUGAAUCCCUUCGAGCGCCUCCACUAUUGGUAUGACAAACAGAUGCGAAUCUGUCAAAGUGUGCUCUCAUCCAGUGGACUGGAUGAGCUUAUGGCACUCUCUAGAGGCUCGGGCGUGGAGGAACCGUUUGACGUGAUCAUCUACGAUGCCACAUAUGGCCACUCCUGUUUGCUGACACUGACACAGCUUUUCGAGGAGGUACCCAUUGUGGCAGUCAGUGCAUCGCAUAUCACACCGGAUUUUCUGCAGGUUGUGCCUGGCACGCAGCUGCAACCUGCCACUGUGCCACAUUUCGCCAGCUCACACGACAUGCGCAUGAAUUUCUUCGAACGUCUACACAACACACUGAUCUAUGCCGCCGGCCAGUUCUUUCGUCAGUUCACGGUUUUGCGCGUACAAGAGGCUCUUCUGGCACGGCAUGAGGCAUUGCUGACAGCUCAUGUAAAACCCACUUUUGAGCGCAUAAACGAGCGUGUUAAAGUCGCGUUGGUUAAUAGUCAUCCAGCGUUCGAUUAUGUGCACUCGUUGCCGCCGAAUGUUAUUCAAGUCGCUGGCCUACAAUUUGAUAACAUCAAUCGGCCGCUUUUGGUGGAGAUGCAAGCGUUCAUUGACAACUCACUUGAUGGUGUCUUCAUUAUCAAUAUUGGCGCUGAACUCUUAACAUCGUCACUCAUCGAGCAGGUACUCAGUGUUGUCGAUAAAUUCCCUGAAUAUGGUUUUGUUUGGGGUGUAAAGAAGAUUAUGAUACCCGCGGCUGGCAGAAAAAAUCUCUAUGUGGGAAAAUGGUUGAAGAAGAGCAAUAUUUUGGCACAAAACAAAGUAAUUGGCGUUAUUACCGGCGGCAGUCAUAUGGAAGUGCAGGAGGCGCUCUACCACGGAGUACCUAUCAUCGCAAUAAAGAAUAACUUGCAACCACCAAGUAUCGCCACUCGCGUGCAGUCAUUGGGCAUCGGCCUAAGCGUGGAUUUAAGUGCUGGCGCUGAACAGCUCCAAAGCGCCAUCUCAGCAUUAGCUACGCAGCCACAUUACACAGAGAAUGCGAAAUCUCGACAGGUGGCUUUUCGUAAUCGGCCACAAAGUGCGCUCGAUGAGGCACUCUGGUGGAUUGAGCAUGUCUUGGCGCACCCGAAUGAAAGCGGUUACCUUUACUCGGAGGCAGUUGCUGAAACGGGUUUCUUCGUUUUACAUUCCUUGGACGCCAUGUCUGUGCUGCUCUUCAUGUUGGUAAUGUUCUUGGUGAAUGCUUAUGUUGUGCUGAAACAGUUAAGGGAACAAUGGGGCAAGAAGCCCACUGAGAAUGUGGACAAAGAGAAAAGUCUGAAGCGUAAAACGAAAAAAACAAAUGGCAGCAAGAAGAAGGCGGAGUGAGGCGGACUAGACUGCAGCCAAAAAUUAGAAAUAAAUAUUUAAUUAUUUUAAUAAAUUAAUGAAAUUAACUCGCUAUAAACGCGGUUACAAGAA